GUUCCGUUCGUCCUCUCCGAGUGGCACACGUGGGUUGUACGAAAACCACUCGUUUUCCGAAGCCGCUCAUUCCUUCGCAAGCGCUGUCCUCCGCGACCCCCGACCGCAAAGUCCCGCAAGGUUUCUGGGUGUUUUUGAAUCCACAGGCUGAACCAUGCCGUCAGUUCCCUCCACCAAAGAAAAGGCCCCCGUGUGCCCGCACGCUGGCAAGCUGCUGGGCCACGCCAACGGAGACGCCAAGAUCCGCGACGCCUCCUUUCAGCUGAACGUCGUUGAGAAGCUGAGCGACCCGGAGGAGUCCGGCAGGACCAUACAAAUCAACACAAAGAACGGCGCCCCCGAGAGGAAAUGGAUCCGGCCUGACCUCCCCAGCCGCUGCAAAUGGAGCCUGGGGGCCUCAAAGGCCGACUCUCCUCAUCUGCAAAUUCCAAGGACGCUCCCUCCAACCAUCCUCCCAAACAUCCUGCACAGGAUCGGUGACACCCCCAUGGUGCGCAUCAACCACAUCCCCAAAGCCUUUGGACUCAAGUGUGAACUAUUGGCCAAAUGCGAGUUCUUCAACGCCGGCGGCAGCGUGAAGGACAGGAUCAGCCUGCGCAUGGUGGAGGACGCAGAGCGAGCUGGGAUCCUCAAACCCGGAGACACCAUCAUCGAGCCCACGUCCGGAAACACCGGGAUCGGACUGGCUCUGGCUGCUGCCGUUAAGGGAUACCGCUGCAUCAUAGUCAUGCCGGAGAAGAUGAGCAUGGAGAAGGUGGAUGUCCUCCGAGCUCUUGGAGCCGAGAUCGUCCGCACUCCCACCAGUGCUCGAUUUGAUUCGCCAGAGUCCCAUGUGGGUGUGGCCUGGCGUCUCAAGAACGAGAUCCCCAACUCGCACAUUCUGGAUCAGUACCGCAACCCGAGCAACCCCCUGGCUCACUACGACACCACCGCUGAGGAGAUCCUGGAGCAGUGUGACGGUAAAAUCGACAUGCUGGUGGCUGGUGCCGGUACCGGCGGCACCAUCACGGGCAUCGCUCGCAAGCUGAAGGAGAAAUGCCCAAACAUCAAGAUUGUCGGUGUGGACCCUGAAGGCUCCAUCUUGGCUCAGCCUGAACACCUGAACAAAACCGAUAAGACUCAGUAUGAGGUGGAGGGCAUCGGCUAUGAUUUCGUUCCCACGGUGCUUGACAGAUCGGUUGUUGAUUCUUGGUACAAGUCCAACGACGAGGAGUCCUUCAACAUGUCCCGAAUGCUCAUUAGAGAAGAAGGCCUGCUGUGCGGAGGAAGCUCCGGGACCGCCAUGGCCGCUGCCGUCGCGGUCGCCAAAGAACUGAAGGAGGGCCAGCGCUGCGUGGUCAUCCUGCCAGACUCCAUCCGCAACUACAUGUCCAAGUUCUUGAGCGACAAGUGGAUGUUUGAGAAAGGCUUCCUGAGCGAGGAGGUUUUGAUGGUGAAGAAGCCGUGGUGGUGGAACUUGAAGCUGCAGGGUUUGAACCUGUCGGCCCCCCUGACCGUCCUUCCAACCGUCAGCUGCCAGAACACCAUCAAAAUCCUGAAGGAGAAGGGAUUCGACCAGGCGCCGGUGGUGGACGAUGCGGGGUUGAUCCUGGGCAUGGUGACUCUUGGGAACAUGUUGUCGUCCAUUCUCGCAGGAAAGAUCAAGCUGUCCGACCCCGUCAGUAAAGUCCUCUACAAGCAGUUCAGACAGAUUCGUCUGACCGACAACUUAGGAAAGCUUUCUCGCAUCCUCGAGACUGACCACUUUGCUCUGGUAGUCCACGAACAGAUACAGUAUCUGACAGACGGAUCCGCCGUCCUGAAGCAGAUGGUUUUCGGCGUGGUGACGGCCGUCGACCUGCUCAACUUCGUCACGGGCCGAGAGAGGAGGGAGCGCUCCAUGUCAGAGUCCACAGAUGAAAUGUGACUCAAACGCAGCGCUCAGCUGUGCAUUUUUCCUUAAAGAUUUGCUUCUUUUAGGGGUUAAUUCCUUUUUUUCAAGCUUGCUGAAAAUUGUUGAAUGAGCAGACGAGAUUGUGCCACAAUCCCCUACUUGUAGAGUUGCUUUUUUUUCUUUUCCUUCAGGUGUUGAUUUCUUCUUUGUUUUUGUAGAGUAAGAAAAAUCUCUUGUACGCUUGUAAUUUAUGAGCAGCUUUUUGUUUCAGACGCUCCUCUUUUAAAUGAUUGUUUCAAAUAUAAGGAAUGAAACUGUGGAGGUUGUUGCUGUAUAUAGACUUAUCAUCUGUGUUUUUUUCUGUUCUUGCCUGAAGCCUGAGAUGGAACUGUAAAAAGUUUGGAGUAUUUUAUCCUAGCGAUGGCAGGAAAAAAAUAUUUUGUACUUUUUUUUUUCUUGAAUAAAUGUAUACGAUUAAAAAAAACUUUUUUUGGAAAAAGUUUUUUUUCGUCUUAAAAUAUCUAAUGACAUCAUUAGAUGAUUGUGAAGAUAAUAAACAUAGUUUUUACAUUUAAAAAUAUAUCUGGUCAAGUAACAAGAGAUAAAACAGUAGAAAAGAUCAAUAAAAUGAUAAUUAUUAGAAAUGUGAACUUUAGUUACUUCCUAAGUGUAUUGCAGGGAACAUUAAAAGACUAUUUUGUGAAA